UCUUUAAUGUCCAACCAGAAAUACAACUGGUAACGUCAAAAAACAUUGGCGUACAACUCCAACUUGAAUAAAGUCCAAAACUGGAAACAUAAAUCCAGUCUGUGGAAAAACCCCAAUGAAAAAUAGCAACCUCAACAUACAAACAGAGAAACAAGCCCGCACAAACAUAAACGGGCUAAACGAACUUAAAUAACACCACCCUAACAACCAAACAAUAAACAGGUGAAAUCAAUUAGACAAAACCAAACGAAAAGGAAAAAGGGAUCGGUGGCAGCUAGUAGACCGGCGACGACGACCGCCGAGCGCCACUCGAACAGGAAGGGAGGCCACCUUCAGUGAUACUCGUUACAGAUAUAGUCCACAUAAUCUAGGACAGUGAUAGUAAACUAUACAGCAGGAUGACUGUAUCAUAUUGUUUUAAAAAGUGUUGAACAGGUUCAUUGACCUCAAUGACAAUCAGCAAACACAUGGACUCUUUUGUUUCCAGAAACAAGUAUGUUUGAUCCUAUUUUGUUCUAUUUGCUACUGCUCUUAAAUUUCCUGUAGGUUCUUUGUUUUCAAAUGACCAAUGGUAUUAUAUAGGCCUGUUAUAUAAUUGGGUAAAUACGUUGAAUAUUGUAUUUGUAGAAGCAAAUACCUCAUGCUGUCAACAGCUAGGAAUGUUCUUGAUUUAUCUCACAGAAUGCCAUUAUCACUAGGUCAUUAUCAGCAGUUUGUUUGUCUAUUUGUCAUUGUGGAUGUUGUUGCUGUUGAUGUUGUUGAACCUUCCCGCUGUCCACGUCUCUCAUACAUUUACCAUGACAGAGAAUGUGUGUGUAUGUGUGUGUUUAUGUGUGCGUAUGUGUAUGUGUAACAGAGAAUAUCCAGUCAUUCCACUCCAUCUUGCCUGACCACAGUGACCAGUGGAAAACUCCACUGUGUCUGUCCCUACCUCCAUUAGAACAUUAGUGAUCCCAAUGCCUUUCUCAGCUCUUAUCUCCUACCCUGGGAUAGCCUGGCAACAAGGCAUCCCUCAACUCCUCCCUCUCCCUCCAAGCCAGCCUAGAAUGUUUCUGGGGGUUAACAUUUAACAUUUACACCGGAGCACCAUAGCUGACUGCAGCAUCAGAAAUAGUAGACAGCAACUUCCCAAGUUACUUGGCACUUUGAAGUGGAUUUAAUUGUAUUAUGGGACCUCGGACAGCUGUCACUCCAUCCAAGGAAAGAAAGAUGGUGUCUGGGGCGCAUGAUAACAGUCUUAGUAGUGGCAACAUUGGGUAUUAUAACAGAGGCCCCACGCUUACCCCUACCUCACCUGUGCUGUCAAACCCCAAAUCAGUGCUGAAGAGACAAGUGAGUCCAGAGGAGCUGCAGAGACCAGGAAGCCCAUACAUAAAGAGGACGUUUACAAUUGUGGGUGAUGCGGUGGGCUGGGGAUUUGUGGUCAGGGGGAGUAGGCCAUGUCACAUCCAGGCAGUGGACCCCAGUGGGCCUGCAGCAGUAGUAGGAGUGAAGGUGCGCCAGUUUGUGGUCUCUGUUAAUGGUCUGAACGUCCUGUCUCUGGACUACAAGAUGGUCAGAAACCUCAUCCUCACUGGAAAACGAACCGUGGUCAUGGAGAUUAUGGAGGAGUCUGAUUGUUGAGGAUGAGGUUGUAUUGUAUUCGGUUACAGUCAGCUUAAGGUCUCAGUCACCCAUUGGCUCUUGGAGGCGGAAAGCUUAGAGUAAGAAUGUGGACUGUAUUGGCCCAAAUAAAUCCAUAGAAACCUUAUGACCUUGAUAUGGAGCGAAAUGGACUUAGCUACAUCAUCGACCUGAGACGAGGGUCACAGAAACAGCGACCCCACAGCGACCCCCAAUGAGCCCCACUGUGAAGACGUGUGUUUACAUCAUCAGUCCGAGACUGACCAGUGUUCCGUGGUUAACAUGGUUCCAGCUUGUGCUUUUGUUCUCUUGAGGCGGUUUAGACUUUUGACCUGUGCGCCUACUCAUUGCCAUCCCCCUGCUGUUUGCUUUUCCAUCCACUCCCUCCUAUGCUCCAAUGGAGGGUUCCUUCCUAGAAAGACAAGUAUUUAGGGUGUUGUUGAUAAGUGAGGUGGCACAUAUUGUAAACAACUCCAUGCUUUCUGACAUGGCAGAGGUGUUUUUAAAUAUAAGUUGUUUUGUUGAAUUAUCUUGGCAUUUUGCUUUGAAUAUGUUUGGCAUUGAAUUCUUAAGUUUGGUAGCAGGAGCAAUUUAACCAUUGUAUUUAUAUUGGCCUGAAAAUAGCACAAUACUGUCAAACUGCAGACCACAUAGUGUCGAGCAGCAUAAAAAGGCCUGGAUGUCAUCUUGGUUUCUCAAAUCAAAUAAAACAAAUCUGAUUCCAUUGCAAUGUUUUUGGAAACCCACAAUACUGACAAAAGUUCAAAUAAUCAAUCAGUAGUAGCCUAUCAAUAUGUUAAUCAUUUUUUAUUUUUGAAAUAACAAAUGAAUGUAUUAUGUCAAAGUGAAAUAGAUAGAUUAUAGCAGUGAUAUUGUGGAUUUUGUAGAAUACUUCAAGUGUAAUGCAUGAUCACAUGGUCCAACAUAAGGUAUGAAGGACCAAAAGCACUAAGGAUGUGUACUAGUAUAUAGCCAUAUACUGUAGCCUGACCCUAUACAUUUGCUAUGAUCAACUGAUCUUUAGAAGGUAUUAGUGCAGCCAGGCCAGCAAGGAGUAUCUACAUUUGUGUUAGUGUUUGAUCAGUGUGUAAAUAUUUCAAUUAGCCAAUGAAUUAAUAAAAUAAAGUAAUUCAAUUCAAAA